ACCGUCGGCUCGGUGGCCUUCUUCGGCAUGAGUAAUGAGACAGCCGACGCAUAGAGGAUUUUUUCCGGGUGAUAGUCCCGCCUCCCAGCCGCAGGGUGACCUGCUUCCGGAGGGUGGGACCUUUGUGAGGGGCGGUUGCUGCUUACGCGGCGCUUGGCUGAAGGGAGCCGGAGAGGCGAGGCGGACGGACGGACGGAGGGAUUCUCUACCUGCCUUCCCUCACCUCAGCGCAGGGGGACCCUAGUGUUCAUUCCGAGGCCAGGCAUUGGUGGCGUCCGCGGGUGAAGCGGCGGUGGCGGUUUGGUGCCUGACCUGGUAGCCUGAGGCGACGGUAGCAUCAGCAGCAAAGAUGGUGGCGAAGCAGCGGAUCCGGAUGGCCAACGAGAAGCACAGCAAGAACAUUACGCAGCGCGGAAACGUGGCCAAGACCUCGAGAAAUGCCCCCGAGGAGAAGGCGUCGGUGGGGCCUUGGCUGUUGGCGUUGUUCAUCUUCGUGGUGUGCGGAUCGGCUAUCUUCCAGAUUAUUCAGAGUAUCAGGAUGGGAAUGUGAAGGAGCUGAGCUUGAUACACAAUAAUUACGUUUCUCCUGUGAACUAUGAACUCUCUUUCCUGAUGUUUGAUAACUUGGAAUUUAAAUUUGCUGUCGUCUUGCUUCUGAAGAACUUUCCAUGUUGGCCAUAUGUCAUUCCAAGUUCCUUCACAAGUCAUUCCAGGUUUUCUAGUCCAUGCCACAGUGCCUUGAAAAAGCACCACAUGUAUAAAGCAAUAAAGAAUUAUUGUUAACUUACAA